UCUGUCUCAGCGAGGACCAGUCUCUCGCUGCAGCUGCAUCCCGGAUUGAGCAUCAUCAGACUGGAAGCGAGAGAAGGGAGGCAAGAAAGCGUCGUCGACGCUCCAACCAUUAUCGGUCCUUUCGGAAAACGGAGGAUUGUAGCUUCACGGCUGACAUAUUACGCAGACCUAAAGACAUAUAAAGGAGAGAAGUAGUUCUACAUGGAAAUAAAAUAGAGACUUAUAAUUUUUACUUUUUUAUUUUAUUUUCUGACAGCAACGCAGCCUUUACUGAGUUUCAAAAUGGCUGAGAUUACCAACAUAAAACCAGUGUAUGAUGUGUCCCCAGUGUUGGCGGGCUUCAUAGGCGCAGGGGUCCUGGUGGUGGUGGUGGUGGUGGCCGUCUUCCUGUGGACCUGCUGCCAGCGGCGCUACCGCCAGAUGACGGGCAGCUACAAGCUCCACUCCAGCCACUGCGACUCGGCCACCGACCCGCCCUACAAGUUCAUCCACAUGCUGAAGGGCAUCAGCAUCUACCCCGAGACACUCAGCAACAGCAAGAAGGUGGUGAGGCUGGCGCGGCGCCCGGGGGGCCGGGUGGAGCGGGACGCGGAGUGGGGCAGAGCGAGCGCCGGCAGCGGAGGGGUUCUCAUGGUGGACGCGGCCGACAACAGCAUGCUCAACACCCCCAACCUGCAGAUGAACCACCUCGUCCCCAGCGGGCAACCUAAACUGGAGCGCGACCUGCCCAUCCGGGCUGACUACUGCUGCUUGGACAGCAGCUCGGCCAGCAGCAGCGAGACCAACAGCACUGUCGCCAGCAAGACGGCCACACCCUUCACUCCCGCCGAGGAACCCAACCUGGGAACGCUCACCCUGGCCGUGGACUACAACUUCCCUAAGAAGGCGCUGGUGGUGACCAUCCAGGAGGCCCGGGGCCUGCCAGUCGUGGACGAGCAGUCGGGCAGCUCCGACCCCUACGUGAAGAUGACCAUCUUACCCGAGAAGAAGCACCGUGUCAAGACCCGCGUGCUGCGCAAGACGCUGGAGCCUGUCUUCGACGAGACCUUCACCUUCUACGGUGUACCGUACAGCUCUCUGCCCGACCUGGUGCUGCACUUCCUCGUGCUCAGCUUCGACCGCUUCUCCCGCGAUGACGUCAUCGGCGAGGCCAUGGUGCCGUUGGCUGGUGUGGACCCCAGCACUGGCCGCGUUCAGCUCACCCAGCAGAUCUGCAAGAGGAGCUUACAGUGUGUGAAUCGUGGGGAGCUGCUGGUGUCUCUGUCCUACCAGCCUGUCACCCACAGACUGAGUGUGGUAGUGCUGAAGGCCAAACACCUGCCCAAGAUGGACAUCACUGGCCUGUCUGGCAAUCCCUAUGUGAAAGUAAACGUGUUCUACGGCCGCAAGCGUAUCGCCAAGAAGAAGACUCAUGUGAAGAAAUGCACGCUCAACCCCAUAUUCAAUGAGUCCUUCAUCUAUGAUGUGCCUGCUGAGCUGCUGCCUGACAUCUCAGUGGAGUUUCUGGUCAUCGAUUUCGACCGCACCACCAAGAACGAAGUGGUGGGCCGGCUAGUGCUGGGUACCCACAGCCCCUGCUCUUCUGGCGCCACCCACUGGCGGGAGGUCUGUGAAAGCCCCCGCAGGCAAAUUGCAAAGUGGCACACCCUCAGCGAGUACUAGUGCCACAUGCACACCUCCACACACACACAGAGGAGUCUGAUAAGAGACCCCUCUUUUAGAGAGAGAGAGAGAGAGAGAGGUGUGUGUUCUCACGUCAUGCAUUCUUAUUAAAGACAAGCAAAUAAGCAAAACUCUGGAGGGACUUGUGAAGUGAACUUUUUUCAUCAAAAUAAUUAUGAUGGUGAUGAUUAUAACGGGGUCCAGAAACAUUAUAAAAGGACUGUUUGUUUGUAUGUGUGUUUGUUUGAGUUGUAUCUCAAACAAACACACAUACACAUGUGGACACCCACACGUUUACCCAAGUAUAAAAACAGACACAUUCACACAUACAUACAUAUCCUGAGACGACAACAACAAAAGACAGAUUGAUCAUAAAGAACCAAAAUAUGAUUAGAAAUAUACAUACAUAUAUAUAUAAAUAUAAAUAUAUAAGACUGUUAAAAAUGUAUUGGGUCUUGUUCUGUGUGGUUAAGGAUGUUCAGAGGCAUGACCCAAAUAAUGUUCACACACACAAAAAAACUGUGACAUGUGAAAUUCACAACCUUUCCCUUCCCUCAACUCCCACUCCUUUGGCUGUAUAUUGGUGGUAUAUACGUUCAAUGUAUUGCAUGUUUGAACAAUGAAAAAACAUUGGACAUGAUAAAGUGCAUAUUACUGGAACUCUGAACGAUAAGCUCUUUUUUCUCUCAUUUCUGAUUCUAACAAAUUGGUGUCCACAACAUUUGUACUAAUACUAUCAGCUAAAAAAGGUGAAUUUAGAAGGGGGUCAUCCUAUCAUGCUGUGAAAUCUCAGAACAAGGGGGGGAAUUGGUUGGAGAUUCAGGGGAUCAUUGAAGAAAUAUCUUGAGAGUAUGCUGUUUCUUAAAAAAAAAAAACAAUUGGCAUUAAUGAAAGGGAUAAUUGCAGGGCUCAUGUCAGCUGUAAAACCUGGUAAUGACACUGGUAUUGGUACAAUGUGGACAUGGCAGACAUUUCAGUAACACUUUAGAAUAUGAUCCACUUACAUACUAUCUGUAAAGCAUUAGUACUCAUUAACAAAUAUAAUGGGGACAUUUGGUCCAGUAUUAAUAAAUGGUAGUAAAUCUGUCAUUAAGGAAGUUGCCAGAUUCCACAAAUUCCACACAAGUUUGUAUAUGCACUGUUGAGAUGGGAAUAUGUAAUAUAUCAACAGUGUGUGUUGUAAAUUUUAAAAUUUAGAAUUUUGAUGAUUAAAUUUUGUUAAUCUUGCAACUCUGGCCUCUCCAGUGAUAACACAUUUACUAACAUUACUCUUGGAUGUAACCACAAUAUAUUUGUUAAUGCAUAUAAUGCCGUUAUUGAUGCUUUGGCUUCAUGCACAUACUGUAUUUUAAAGUGUUACAGACAGACAGCUCUGUUUGAUGUUUGUACAAAAUGCCUGGACAGUAGUUUCCCCGUUAUUUAUAAAUGUUGACUGUAAAUAUUAAACUGGAGGUAUUCUCACCAAGCAGUGCGUUGACAGGUCGUUGAAAUUGGCAGAGGGUAAUGUUCAGAUUUCAUAUAUCAGUUUUACUGAAAAAAUAUUCUGUUUUCUUUUCAGUUUUAAGUACAGUAUUUUAUCAUUUGUGAGAACAGUGUAAGAUUGUCCAUGAUGUUAUGGCUGUUGUUUGCCCGCUUCAGUUCCAAAGGGUAAUUUGUGCAGACCUACUGUGAAUGUAAUCAUCCAAACCGGCACUCCGUUAUCCAUGAACUUUUUGACCAGACUGAAUCAUAUCACUAUCAGUUUAAGAUUUGAUUACACACCUGUCAAAGAUCAAGAGGC